GUUGUUUCGACUUCACCAGGACCUGAAGAAGAGGCAGAAAAACCUGUGAAAACUAAGACUGUUUCUUCCAGUAAUGGAGGAGAAAGUUCGAGUCGCAGCGCAGAGAAACGGGCAGCUAAUGAAGAAGCUGAAGACUUCAACACAAAGCCUGCUCCUGCCAAAAUGUCCAAGUUUGGAUUUUCCAUAGGCAGUCAGACAGCAAAGAAGGCAUCUGCAAUAUCCAUCAAACUAGGAGCAAAUAAGCCUAAAGAGCCUGUUCCAACCCUUGCUCCAAAAACUCUUUCUGUAGCAGCAGCUUUCAAUGAAGAUGAAGAUAGUGAGCCAGAAGAAAUGCCUCCAGAAGCCAAGAUGCGCAUGAAGAACAUUGGAAGGGAUACACCAACCUCAGCAGGACCAAAUUCCUUCAAUAAAGGAAAGCAUGGUUUUUCUGACAACCAGAAGCUAUGGGAACGAAAUAUAAAAUCUCAUCUUGGAAAUGUCCAUGACCAAGAAAACAACUAAAUGAUGAUGUGGAUUGAGAGUUGGGUGUUUGGGGGGAGGGGAGGGUGUAACGUUAAAGGAACAGUUUCCUUUUUUAAGAAUGGUAUAAGACUAUCUUUGGAGCCACUUUUUUAAGAUUUUGAGUGGUACACUAAUAACUGAGUUUGAAAUUAGAGGUAAUUUAUGUUUUGUAUACAGAUUUCAAGGCAUUUGCUAAUUUUGUAGUUCCAUGUGAUUAGUUUCAAAAGGUUACGGAUAAUAAAGAAAUUGGAGUGGUACCUUUUUAAGAUUUUUUUUUUUUUUUUUUUGUCAGUGAUGAAUUAAGGUGGAUGAAAAAGGUUACUGUCUCUUUAAUCAGGUUGACAUUGAAUGCUCUGGCAUUCUCACUUCUGGCUCCCUCUUCAUAACAGGAGAAACAGUUGACUCCUAGGAAUACUGCUAAAGAAAGUGAGCAUUGUCUUGUGCUAGAAGUGUUACUGGACUAUUAAUUUGAAUAUAAACUUAUGCAGGAAAUAAUAACCUGGAUUUUUUUUUUCUUCUCCCUGCAGUCACCUUUUGUUAAAUCUCUGCAAACUAGGAAUUCUGUUGCUCUGAGUGGCUCUGGUAACUUAGCUCUGAUUUUGUUUAAAACUUCAUGUAGGAUGUGUAACCUUCUGUGGCUUGUUUCAUCCUAAGGAGACGGGCCUUGUCUGUAUAUUAGAUACAGUCUGUAAAGAAUAUUCACUACAAAGGUAAAUCAGUAUUUUCAAUGUGCUCCUCUUAAAUCAUUAGCCUUGAGUAGUGCUUGUUAGCAUUUCCUCGUGGUACACAAAAGCCACCACCAAAAAGGCAAGCUGAUGUACAUUAAGCUUCACGUUUGGUUGAAAUAUUUUUCUUUACUAUGCCUAGAAGGAAUAAAAGCCACACCAAAAAUCAAUAACUCACUGCUUAAGUAAGAAAAAUCUUAAGAUGCACUUUCCCUGUCUUGCCAUUUAAAACAAAAUGCCUUGAUGUCUGUGACUUCAGUGGAUGCUAUCAGGUUAAAGAAGAAUAUCGUAUUUGCAGUCCUAAUGCUUCCAACAAUUGUCAGCUUCAGAAAUAAGACUCCACCUUUUCCUAGCUGUCUGCCUUUUGCAGUAAUUUUUGACAACGACGUUAGUCUGGUCGGUUUAAUUUCCUAGCUUUGAUACUGCAGAACAGUGCUGUAGGAUUUUGAACCUAGCAAGGACUGUCUAAUUCAGACUGCAUAUCUUUAAAACAUUUUACUAGCAGAACUGGUUAAACAGAUGUUAUCAACAGCACACACACCCCUCCCCCAACAAACAAAAGGUUCUUUUUAAACUCGGAUACCUGAUAGUGUUGAUAACUAAAUUAAUUUCAGCCUGGAACUGGCUGUAGAAUUCAAUAUGUUAAUUGCUUUCAUCCUGCCUCUAAAACCUUCCUUCAUGCUGAAGUUGAACCUGCAAGUGCAGAAAGGAAAGUGCAUCUUGAAGGGUUUUGGUUUGUUUUUUUGUUUUUUUUUUUACUUUAGGAAAGCUCUGACCACUUAGACUUCUGAGUUUGUAAGUUCUAAAGAAUAUUUUUUUGUAUUUUUGUAUUGUAUGUGUAAUCUCUUUUUCUUUUGAAGUCUGAUGCAGUUGAAUACCUGUAACUAUUUUCUUUAAAAGCCUUGUUAUAAACGUAACAUAAAAACGUAUACAUUAUUUUUUUUCCAUAGCAGAAAUCUUUGGUUUAUUUAAAACAAAACGAAAGACACUUUCAAAACUGACUUUCAGGACUUCCAAAACCGAUUUGGGCAUUACGGGAACUAGGCAAGGCAAAAUGAAGCAUUUACUUUUCACUUAUUUUUAUUACAUGUGGUUAUGUUUGUCAAAAUAAAUCCCUUUAAGAUAGUGGUAAUUCACAGUGAAUAACUAUUUUAUCUUGCUCCUUAGUAGUUACUUGAUACUGUCUCGGUCCAUCGUAUUGGAAAAAAGCAAAAGGGAACUUUGAGUAAGGAUAAGAGGAUGACUUUGAGGCCUCUUCUUUUUUCGUUAACCUGCCACCAACAAUGUCUUCCACAUCUUUGGCUGAAGCAGACAUUCAUUUCAAUGGAAUUCCCUGGUACUUCAAAAUCCUUUAGGAAAUUGCUAGGCAGAACAGCAGACGUGCUAGGAAAUACCUUCCAUGCAAGUGAGAGAGCAAAAGUUAUAUUUGUCUUACUUGCUCCCGUGGUCAAUAAACAUAAUCCUUGACCUUGUGAGAGACUCCAGCAGCUUCUAGAUCUCAGCUGAAGGCGAGCAGAGAUCCUGCCUCACUUGAUGGAUGAGUUCUGUUCCUUGUCCGUGCUUCACGGAAGAAAAAUGAUUGGGAUGGCCUAAAUCCACUCAGGACUGAGUGCCUAACAAGCUUGAUCUUGUAGCUACAAGGGUGUCUGCUGGGGUUUAAUGUCCAACACUUGCAGGAAAGAACUGAUCUGGAAAGUAUUGUCAAGGCAAAUGUUACCUAGAACUUCAGGUGAAGUUCUAGGCUUAUAUUAAACAGUCAUGGUCUUUGCACGGAGAUAGUCCUGGAGUGGGGUGGGGGGGUUUUUUGUUUGGUUUUUUUGUUUUGUUUUUAUUCUUUUUCUAAGAAUAGUUGGGGAUCCUAAAACUCAUGGCAGAUUGCCUGAUUUAGCUAUCUUAAGUGCUUCCAGGAGAUACACUGAGAACUUUAGCUGCUCAGUAUAGCAAGGUAUCUAUACCUAUCAGUGCUUGAAAUGUCUAUCCAAGUAACUUGCGCAGUUUUAACUCGGAGGGCUUAUGCUUGCUUAGCAGUAAAGCUUUACUUAGCACCUGAGCAGCUUGCAAAACAGUUGAGACAUCAGUAGGUGAAGAUGUAAGUAGUCGUCGAGUAACCUUCCCUGUGCCACCCCGCAGCUAGGCUGCGUGUGAGCCUGCUGGGUUGUGAAUGGAUCCAAACUCACCUAUUGCUAAAUAUAUUAAAGUAAUAGUUAAAAAAAAGAAACCAAACCCAAACCAGUGCAGGUGCCUACUAGUGGCAGUGGUUCAGGCAACUCUGGGUGUAGCCCCUUACACACCUGAUUUCAUUCCUUUAAAAGCCCAGGAGGUGCACUGUCCACAGAUUCUCGCAAUCUGUAUUUUACCAGCAGAAGGAAGUGCCUGACCAGCCUGUCUGUAAGGUGGCCGAUGGUGGAUACUGUUUUGAUUUCAUGGGCUUUCUCCCAUGCCACAGGUGACCCAGCUACAGCAUUCAGCCAGCUCUGGCAAAACCCAACUACGCUGUCCUCAUGUGGCCACCGCGGCAGCAGCCGCAUUCAGGCCCGAUGCGCUUGAGCUCUGCGUCUGCCAGAUUUGUGGAGCACCUCCUUGCCAGAACUGGGGCGCCUGUGCUGAGUGCGGUCUGCUGCGGGGGGCUUUUCCAAAGCUUUUGUUGUGAGGAGACCUGGAGGACAAGUCAGCUUUUGAGAAAACAGCAGCGUCUGCUGCCUAAAGAGGCAAACUGAGGUUUUAAACUGUUGGAAAUCACCGGUGUAACUAGAACUCUUUCUAGGCUGCCGUAAGACAAGAAGAUGAAUCUGUUUGGGGAAGCAACAGGGUUUUUAUCUGUGUAGUUAGUAGCCUUAAAAAGUGUUCUGCAAAGAGGUUGGGGUUUGUUGGUUUUUUUUUUUUUAAUUCACUAUAAAACUGUAAAUUGAGGAAUGCUGAGUAGUUCUGCCCUUAAGCUACGGAAGGGGAGGUUACAUUUGAAAGUCACCGUAAUUUGUCUAGUUCCUCUGCCAAGAGACGCUAGAACCCCAUAAAAAUUGGGCAACUAACAAUCUGCUUUUUUACUUUAUCCUGUUAACAAACACCUUCCUGAUUUCUUCUGCUUUUACUAACAAAGGGCUCUCCUACUGUUCUCUAAUUUUGAUAUAUUGCCAUCUUAAAAAACUGCGUAGUGCUCGCUUUGGAAAGCUACUUGCAUUUAGUAAUUUGGAGCCGUUGCCUCAGGACAGAUGCAUAGUCAUCCAUAGAAUUAAAAAGCAUGAAACAUGAACUGUUAUGCUUGCACUCUAUAUAGCGUGUUAAAUUUCUGUUUAUGCACUUCCAUUUAGAAGUCCGGAGUGGUGGGAGUCCAGGCAAGAUUCAGUUACCAAAGCAAACCUUUAAACUCAGUGGCGCACGCUUUUUGCGGUGUGGGUACUUACGUGCCGGUAGCUGUCCUUCAGGCUAGGUAGGGCGAGUAGGAGCGGCGGUGACGGUCACCGCUGGCCAUGAGCUUACGUAUUGUUUUGGUUCGGUGGCGUAGCGCGAGAUCCAAAAAACCCUUGUGAAUCUUGUGUCUUAGUUCUUAAAUUUGGUUCUCGGGGUUGGAUUUCCUGAUGAGACAGAUGCACAAAUAAAGCGUUUGUGGUUCUGUAGCAAGAGCUGCACUGGAACUUGAGGUCGUGAGCCUAUGUUUAUGUUUUUCCUUGCAGUACGAGUGUAUUAAGGUAAUGCAAGUCAUAAUAAAAAUGUAAUUCUCUCUCCUUCUCUUCCCCAGCUUUCCAUAAUUUGUAAACAUAGUAGUUGUACAUAAAGUGUUGGCUGAUGCUCGGUAGCUUGUUAUAAAAUCGUAAUUCUGCCUUUGCUUUUGUGAAAGAGGUGUGUAACUGUGGUGGCCUGUCACUUUCAUACGUACACCGAC